AUGGCUCACAAAAUGUGUAUGGUGAUGAUGAUGGUGAUGGUAUUGGUAACAGUGGAAUGUGCUACUGUUAAUCCAGGAAUAGAAGACUACAAUACAUGCGUCAUCAAUUGCGUUGACAAAUGCGGCGGAGAUUCGCAUUGCGAAUCUCGUUGCAGAUGGAAGUGCCUCAAACCUAGCACACCACGAGCGUCCCUCCCAGAGGAUGAAGCAGUACUGCCACAAGAAGGUGAUGGUACUAUCUGUUUCAGAAAUUGUAGGCUAACAUGUGGCGCUGACAUGGACUGCAUGCACAAGUGUCAGAAGAACUGCCCCAACUAG